AUGACAUCAAAUUUACAGAAAUUAGUUGGAGCAAAACUGAUUAAUGAUAUAUUGAGAUGUGAAUCUGUUCGUCAAAAAGAACGUAAUGAUUGGAAAGUAUUAGUAAUGGAUCGUUUGGCAACAAGAAUUAUAUCAGCAUCAUGUAAAAUGCACGAUAUUAUGUCGGAAGGAAUAACAAUUGUGGAAGAUAUUAUGAAAAAACGUGAACCAUUACCAAUGCUUGAAGCUGUUUAUUUUAUUCAACCGAAUGAAAAGUCGAUGAAUGAGCUGGUCAAUGAUUUUGAAAAGACAGCUGGUCUAUAUCCAAAAUAUAAAGCUGCGCACGUUUUCUUUACAGAAGCUUGUAAUCCUGAGCUGUUUAAUAAACUCAUUCGUUCAAAAUGUUCAAAAUAUAUUAAAACGUGUCAAGAAGUUAAUAUUGCUUUUUUACCAUAUGAACGACAGGUAUUUACAUUGGACUCACCCGAAACAUUUUAUAUAAAUUUUAAUCCAAACUCUACUCAACAACGUAUGGUACAUCUUGACCGCAUCGCUGAACAAAUAGCAACAUUAUGUGCUACAUUAGGCGAAUAUCCUUCAAUUCGUUAUCGAGGUGAAAAUGAAAAAAUGGUUGAAUUCGCACAUGCUGUUCAACAAAAACUCAAUCAAUAUAAAGCAGAUGAUGCUACAAUGGGAGAAGGUGCCGACAAAGCAAAAUCUGUUUUAUUAUUGUUAGAUCGUGGCUUUGAUGCAGUAACACCUUUAUUACAUGAAUUAACAUUCCAAGCAAUGGCAUAUGAUCUUUUAAAAAUUGAAAAUGACGUUUUUGAAUAUGAAUUACAAACUCCGGGUGUUGAUCCAAAAGUGACACCGGCACAAAAACAAAAGGUUUUGCUUGAUGAAAAUGAUGAUCUAUGGACAGAAUUACGUCAUCAACAUAUAGCUGUUGUAACACAAAGUAUAACAAAGAAAAUCAAAGAUUUUGCUAUACAAAAACGUGUAAAAGAAACGGAUCGUGAACGUACAACAAUGAAAGAUCUAUCGACAAUGAUAAAGAAAAUGCCUCAAUAUCAAAAAGAAUUGAAUGCAUAUGCUCUUCAUUUUAAUAUAGCUGAACAAUGCAUGAAUACAUAUAAUAGAGAUUUAGGAGAAAAAUUAUGUUCAGUUGAACAAAAUCUCGCAAUGGGAACGGAUCCUGAAGGAGAACGAAUAAAAGAUCAUAUGCGAAACAUAGUUCCACUUUUACUCGACACAGUUAUUGCAAUUGAAGAUAAAUUACGCAUUAUUAUGCUUUAUAUUUUACAUAAAAAUGACAAAUUAUUAAGUCAUGCAUUAAUACCAACAGAUAAGAAGAAUGUAAUUACAAAUAUGCAACAUUUAAAUUUACAAAUUUUACAAGAUCAAUCAAGAGCUGGUCGACGAAAAAAUAUUCCACAACCACGGAAAGAACGUUUGGAACCGACAUAUACAAAUUCAAGAUGGACACCUUAUGUUAAAGAUAUUAUGGAAGAUGUUAUUGAUGAGAAACUUGACUUGCGAUCAUUUCCCUCACUUGGACAACAAAGGAAUAUAUCAUCAAAUUUUCCUGCUCAAAGUUCAAGAGAAUUUGGAGCGUGGAUGCAUGCUGGACGAAAAGGAGCGGCUGGUCGUUCUGGACCGAGACUUAUCAUAUUUAUACUUGGCGGUGUAGCAUACAGCGAAUUACGUUGCGCAUAUGAAGUAACACAAACAAAUUCAAAAAAAUGGGAAGUUUUUAUAGGGGGUGAUCAUAUUGUCACACCAAAACAAUUUCUCAAAAAUUUAGAAAUGAAACCACCGAAAGAGGAUGAACAAUGA